CAGAGCUUCACUUUACUUUACCUAGAUAGUAAUCCUUUGUGGCCAAGACAUCCAGGUAUCCAAGGCAGUGAGGGGGAUCAGGUUCAGAGGAGCUUGUAGACCAGGACAAUGCAGGUCUUUGACUGGCUAAGGGCAGCAUGCCCACUGGUUUGGUGUGGAUUUAUAUUAGGCCAUAAACUCACCAGCUCACUCUGGCCUUUGUACACCACUGCAUAGCUUAACCUUCUUUAUGGACUUUUAUAUUAAUUGCACAGAUAAUAUUGAAUGAGUUUCAUUUAAUCUUUGGGAACUACUCUGAAAAUAUUAACAUCAGAGGUCACGGAGGAUUCAUUUGGUUACAGAGUAAAUUAAGUGGAGGCUUCCCAGGAGACAUUUCCAGGUAAAUCACUAAUCCUUUGUGCAUCGAUGUGUCUCGUGGCACUGAAUCCCAACUGGAACUGAAUUUUGAUUGUGCUAGUGUCUGCUACAGCCAGAGUCCUGCAGGGGGACACAAUAUUGGCCAAUGUGAGGGAAGGAGGGGUUAAGUGGGCAGGAUGUCUCCUGCCUCAUUGUGCCAUUACGACUCUUCAGAUCAGUUAUUUAUUUUAUUUAUUUUUUUACAAAGUGACAGGGUGGGUCAAAUUGUAGUAGUGUGGUUCAGAUACUGGUAUAUUGGUCAAAAGAUUUCACUGCUUAAGUAUGAGGUGGGUUAUGAGGACGGGCCAGGGCUGUGGCAGAAUCAGCACACUUGCCUACUAUUGAGUAUGGUUGUUGAGUACACUGAAUGGGAAAGUCGUCAAGUAGAUGAAAUGUUCUCUAAACUUAGUGUGCUUAAUAUCCCAGGAUGACAUAUUUAUUUCAGGGAUUUUGCUAAGUAUAUUUGGGAGCAUACUUUUCAGGAAGUAAACAACCAUUUUAGUAUCAAUAAAUAUAAAUAUUGAUGCCCAGCUUCACUUUAAAAACAAGGUGCAGCUUCGCUGACAUUUUCCUUCAACAACAACAACAAGGACGUGUGAGCAUGUCUUACAACACUUCCACACUAUAGUUGGAAAAUAGUACGGAUGAUUUGUUUUGCAUACUGCCCAUCACAUAUUAAAAAUAUGUACUAAACAGUAUAUGAUAUGUGUAGUAGACAGCACAUACUUUGAGGACACAGUAGUUAGGUUUGUCUUGGACACAGCCCUCCUCUCAUUCAGAAACUAUAGAAAGGGGGACCAGGAGUCUUUGAAUUAGAAGACCACCUUUCAGGGUUGCAUGCAAAAAAGUCAUUGCCCCCUUAAACUUAACUGGUUGCACCUAACAGCAACAAAAUGUUUCCUAUAAUUUAAUAUCAGUCUUAGACUGUUUUUUUAGCCCACUCUUGCAACUCUCGUUACUGAACUGCUUUAAUUCAGAGAAAUUGGUAGGUUUUUGAGCAUGAACUGCUCACUUCAGGUCCUGCCAUGGCAUCUCUAUUGGGUUCAGGUCAGGACUUUGACUAGGCCACUCCAAAACUUUAAUUUUGUCUCUUUUCAGCCAUUCAGAUGUGUCUUGCUGCAUAACCCAAUUAGGCUUCAGCUCACAAACAGAUGACCACAUAUUCCUUAAGAAUUUUCUGGUACAGAGCAGAAUUCAUCGUCCAGGUUCCGGGGCAGCAAAGCAUCCCCAUACCAUCGCACUCACACAACCAUAUUUGACUGUUGGUAUGCCGUUCGAUGUAAUUUGCUUUAUGCCAGACACAAUCGGACCAAAAAGUUGCAAUUUUGACUCAUUUGUCCAUUGAACAUUAUCCCAGAAGACUGGGUUAUCCCCAAGUGUUUUUUUUGCAAAUGUGAGACUAGCAUUGAUGUUUCUCUUGGCUAGCAAUGGUUUCUGCCUUGCUACUCUCCAACGAAUCCCUUUUUUGCCAAUCUCUUUUUUAUUGUGGAUUCAUAAGCACUGACCUUAGCCUUAUCCCUUUUGCCUUUUGCUCUGCAUGUGUCUAUGAGUAAAAAGUCACUCACACACACCUUGAAAAAAAAACAAAAACAAGACAAAUUAUCCACAGGAAUAAAUAUUUGGCUGUUUUUCACGGUCACUUUCCCUAGUGACUGAACAGUUUGCGGCUGGUGUCUGAGCAAUUCCAUUAGCUCCAUUAUCUGACUAUCACUGACCUCCUGAGCUCAGGGUGAUUAUCUGCGGUUCCUAAAGUAAAGCACUGCAUCAAACUAAUUUUACAAACAUAUAUACAUUCAUUAUAUUGAUUAACAACAGAUGUAAUUUAACAUACGUCCUCUUUAAACUAAUCAGUUGCUGCUGCAGUCGGCCCCUACUAUGAAAUCAGUGUUGAAAAGAACAUGAUUCACCAGCCUGCAAGCAUAACAGCAGUGCUGCCAUGGACUCAUGUCAAACUGUUAAUUAUAGGUUCUGAUAGAAAUAUUUGCCUCAUAUAUCUGCUCGCUGUGCUAUUUCUGAAACAUGUUUCUCUGCUGAAGUGAUUAGCGACGUUCAGUGUCACAUCGUAUGCUUGUUUGACAGAAAGUGUGGGCGAGUAGAAUUAAAGAGAAAAAAUAGACGGGCUCAGGCUAAAUUAAAACAAUUUGAAUUACACAAUGCUCUAAUUACUGCACAAUCUGAUGGAAAGUAAGAGAUGCAUUAAAUGUAAAUUGUGUUUUUAGUCCCCCUUCAACACACUGAUUCAAAUGGGCUGUCUAAAUCAUAUUUAAACACAUAAUAAAUACAAUAGUGAAAUAAAAGUCCUGUGGCUCCAGGCACAUUUCAUUAUAAAACCAUGGCACAUAUUUUAAGCAGGAAAAGUUUUUAUAGCCUAUAUGACACUCUAGAUUAUAACAAUAUAUGACAAAUAAAAUCCACGUUAUUACACAAUGAGCAGAAAAGAUAAAUAGAUCUUGCUAAUUAAACCUUUGGCAACAUUUUUGUCAGACCGCGCAACGUGUUUAUUACAUCUUAAAAGUAGAAAAGUGGAAGUCUGAAAGUCUGAUAUUUGUUUAUUGUUAAAUAAAACAGUUUUAUUAAACUAAAUGUCUAAGUUAACCUCCGCUGAGGGGUGUUUAUUUUCUUCCCAACCCACAUAAUCUGGGGCUUUAUGCUUUUAAUAGAAAGCUAUCAUUAGAUCUUUGCUGGAUAUUUAAACCUCCAGGCGCAAUUCAUAACAGCAACCAUCCCAAACCUGUUUACGUAGAUGGGCUGCCGGCUCCCUGCGUGUCAGCGUGCAACGUGGCGUUUAUGGCCAUCUCGUAUUUCACACAUCCCGGGAGCCAAUAGUGGAGAGCAUAACAUAGUUGGUGGGAAAUGUUCAGUGUUAUCGCAGAACUGAGUGGCUUACAUGAACUUCCUAGAGAUUUCUGCCUGGUUGUCCUCUCCAGAGUGUGAUAGCAAUGAACCGGGUACGUUUGAAACAGAAAUGAAUACGCUAGGCACCUGAGAAACGUGUACGAAAUCCUGUAAAUGUGGUAUAGCGAAGACACUUUUGCAAAGCUACAUUUAGUUGCACAGCCUGAUUGCGUUCUCAGUUCUGGUUCUACGAUAUUAUCAGUCUCGUUUCUUAACGUUUGUAGAUAAUUAGCAACUAGCCAUUUUUUGCGAACGAAGAUAACUAGAUAGCUAUGGACUUACCCAGCGGUGUGGGCUGGUUGUUGCUGUGUGCGUGUUUGGUGUUAAGUAAGCCCACUUUGCGGAAAGAUCGUGUUUACCAUGAACCCGAGUUAAGUCCUAGACCGGCAGCCGAGGAGGAUGGGAGCCACAAAUACGACCACGAGGCCUUUUUGGGCAAGGAAGAGGCAACUACAUUUGAUCAGUUAACCCCAGACGACAGCAAGGAAAGGCUUGGGAAAAUUGUAGACCGGAUAGAUGGUGACAAGGAUGGAUUUGUAUCUCUGAAUGAGCUAAAAAGCUGGAUAAAACGGGUUCAGAAACGCUACGUUUAUGAAAAUGUGGCUAAGGUCUGGUCUGAUUAUGACACCAACAAAGACAACAUGAUUUCAUGGGAUGAGUACAAACAAGCAACAUAUGGCUACUAUCUCGAUAGUCCAGGGGACUUUGAGCAGUUCACCUUCAAAAAGAUGUUGCCUCGCGAUGAGCGGAGGUUCAAAGCCGCCAACGCUGACGGUGACCUGGUAGCCAACCGUGAAGAAUUCACGUCUUUCCUCCACCCCGAGGACUUUGAGCAUAUGAAAGACAUUGUGGUUCUUGAAACCCUGGAGGACAUUGACAAGAAUGGUGAUGGCUUUGUGGAUGAGGAUGAGUACAUAGCGGACAUGUUUACAAAUCCAGACGGGGGAGUAGAACCGGACUGGGUGAAGACUGAGCGGGACCAGUUCUCUGACUUCCGGGAUAUGAACAAAGACGGAAAGAUGGACAAGGAGGAGAUCCGCCGCUGGAUCCUCCCUCAGGACUAUGACCACGCCCUGGCCGAGGCCAAACACCUGGUGUACGAAUCAGAUGCGAACAAGGAUGAGAUGCUGACCAAAGAGGAGAUCUUGGACAACUGGAACCUUUUCGUGGGGAGCCAAGCCACCAACUACGGAGAGGACCUGACCAGGAGGCACGACGAGCUGUGAUGUUUCCUCAGAGCCGCAGAACCGUUGGCUGCCGGGCCGAGAAGAACCGCACCGACGGCAGUGACGCACAGCGGCCUGCGGGCCCACGGACUAGCUGCAGAACCACACCACGGUCCACAGAACUUCCCUGCACCGCCCUGAAGGCCACAGCUAUCCUCGCGUUUCUGUGAGAGUGGCAGUCACCACGAGGGAAAUGUUGUGGUCUCAGUGUAGUCAUAUGUGAGAAGCACAGAGACUUUUGUCCACCACUGAGCCUCGUUUAAAAGCCAUCAAAAAUGUGAUGCACGUCUGCCUUCUUAGUUUUUUUAAAGUUUAGUUUUUUUCAUUUCUGUAUGUCAAAACAUUUAUAGAUUUCUGAAAAUUUUGUUGCCUUAAUUUUAUUUAGUUAUUGUCUUUUUAAAAAAAUUUUGUUACUCAUUUCUUGGAAAACUUCACAGGGACUAGCCUGAAAUAAGAAAGGCUGGAGCACACUGAGCUCAGAUCAAAAGACGCUGUUUAAUGACUGACAUUUGGGAAGGGAAGACUGACAUUUGGACAUCUAUGACAGUGGUCUCCAACCCUGGUCCUGGAGAGCUACAGGGUCUGCUGGUUUUCAUAGUGACUCUGCACUUCAUGAAUCAAUUAGAGCAGUUGAUUACACAGUUAACUCACCUGGUGUCUUGGGUCUCAAUUGGGUGCUGAUUUUAAGGUGAAAACAAAAACCAGCAAACCCCGCAGCUCUCCAGGACCAGGGUUGGAGACCACUGGUCUAUGACGUCUUACUUAGAGUCAAAAAGGCUUUUGCUCUGAGCUCAGUGCUAGUCCCCAUGAAGUUGUCUGGGUAAGGAGUUCUUGACUGUUGAGCACCUACUUAAGCCCUCUUUUAUUUGUCUGGCUUGAAGCGCAUUGGCCACCUCCCCUUUGAUCCAGAGACUUGUAUAUUCCAUUUAGCUUGAGAUGGCAUUUUCUGUCGCACAGGAGCUCUAGAUCAAUUUGUCUGGUCUUUGUAGGGUGAUUGAAGUGUUUUACUUGUUACAAACACGUUUCGUAUAACUGGGGCCAGCAGUGUGUCUCCCCUUGUUUUCUUGCUCGGUACUUCCGUCCACCGUCAGCUAGAGUUUGCGAUGAAGCCCCUUCUCAAACAAUUAUCCCAUUUGCAGCACCUCAAGAAUCUAAGUUUAUAAAGUAAUUGCUGCUAAUUAAGAACAGACGGUGACUGACAGCGAGGUUUGCAAGUGACACUCAUGCUAAAUUCAGCUUGAUUACUAACUACCGUGGACAUGCUGAGGUAUUUUUAAAUUGUACAGUGGCAUGUAGCAGUUAUAUAACAUUUAACUUGCACAAAAAAGUUAAGUAAAAAUAAGUUGAUGAUUCAACUAAUUAACGAAUCAUGGUCUUCAAUCAAGACCUUAAGUAGAAUCAGGUCUCUCAGUGCUGGGCAAUGACAAAAACCUGAAAACAACACACCGCACUUUUCAGAUAAGAUUGGACACUCCUACGUUAUACGGAUGCAUUUUUCUUUUUUACUGCAGUGAUACUCAAUCCUGGUCCUGGAGAAGCAUAGAGUCUGCUGGUUUUUGUUUUUUCCUUAAGAUCAGCAACCAAUUUAGACCCAAGAAACCAGGUUACCUGAGCUAACUGUAAUCAAGUGCUUUUACUGAUCGAUUUCUGUGCUCAAGUUCUGAGUAACAACAAAAGCCAGCAGAUCUUGUGGUUCUUCCACAUGAACUUCCAUUUAUGUCCACUUUCGUCCCUGACUCUCCCCUUAUUAGAUAAACUAAUUGUUCAUAAAGGUCCCAAUUAGAAACUCAAUUCUAUGCUUCGUCACUUAACUGUGCCGUUGGAGUGCCUAUGAGGACCCCUUGAGGAUAACUAUCAAAAUACAAGUUUAAAUCCCUGCAGGUCACAUGGUGGAGACAAACCGGUGGCCCUAUAUAUAUAUAUAUAUAUAUAACUGAAUGUGCAAUUAACUUUUUGGUCAUGCCUUUUUACACAGGAUUGCAUUUGUAAAUGAUGAAAGUGUCAUUUAUGUAAAUAUCAAGCCUUUUAUAUGCUUACAAUGUCUUCAUUGAUGCCUUUUGUUAGGAUUGUGUGAACAAGCAUUGUCAGGUUUUUGUGAAAUUACGCAAAAUGUGGGGUGAACAUUUCCUUUUUUUUCAUUACCUCAAGGCCAGGCCAUUUACAGGUUCUACUGAUUACAACCUACGUGGCAGGCCUCAUUUCACUCUUGAAAUCGCUAUCUUUUACUUCAUGUGCUUAAGUACUGUGCUGUACUAUAGAAAUUGUUUAUUUAUCAUAACACUUCUCUAUGACAUUAUGAACAAAGUUGGCAGCAAUACUUGUAACUUUCCACUCCAGAGAAUAAAACUUUUUUGACUUUUCUAUGGGUACAAGGUCAAAGAUGUUCAAUGCUUGGUGCUCUCUGUACUACCGUGUAGUCUACUUGCCUGACUGAGUUUUCAGAGCUGCUGGAGAUCCACCUCUGCCAAACUAAAGUGAGAAUUCAUUAUAUUUAUAAUCCUGUGAAGUAGAAGGCUGGUUUCUGCAGAGCUUUACAAAUCUGUGGGUGGCCAAACCUCUACAGUGUGGAUACUUAAAUCUGGGCCACGAUGCCAGUUGGUUUUCUUUUCUCCCUGAUAGUUAAUCCAUUGAUUAAUGAUUGGCUAGAGAUUUAACUCCCCUGGUGUCACAGGUUUAAAACAGUCCUGAUUAGGGGGGGAGAAUAAAAAUUAGCAAUACUAUUGGCCUCAAGGGCCAGAUUUGAAUAUCAUUUCACUUUUGGACGCAAGAAUGUAAUGUCAAUAUCACAGAUAGCAUGUAACCAGUGUUUGGAAAUACUGUAUGUGCUUCAUGCAACAAAUGGAAUUCUGGCUUCUACAGCCAGUAUUGAUAAACUUGAUUUUAAAAUGUCAAGGACAAUUUUUAGCUUUAGAGAUAUUUUUUAAAAUAUUUUUGACGACUGCCAUUUUUAUAGCACGCAAUAAACACAUUUAGUGAUUUUCAAGUCUGACGAAUGAACCGAGUCCAAAAAUGGGAAGCAUUUAAAGAGUUCCUCCAGACAGCAUAUGCGGUUUGUCAUGUGUCUGAGGAGAUCUGUGUGUCGUGAUUAUGUUUGACUCUAACAGUUUGAGGCUAGAGAGGAGAAGAAUGUGUGGCUCUCGCGUGGCUAU